AUGCUGUGGAGCUUGACUCGCGGCGGCUCGUUGGUGCUCUCCGCGGUCCGCACCUCGGGGACACCACGGCUCUCCAGUGGGGAACGGAGCCACGGGCUGUUGAGAGGAGGCAGCAGCGAUCUUCACAGGCACCUUGCCCGCAUUUGGGUCACCGUUGGCCGACGAGCGUUUGGGAAGGACUGCCAGGAGGAGGGCUCGCCGGCCUGUGUGGAAGGCACAGUGAAGCCCAAGUCCAGCCUGCAUAGUGGGGUCUCGACAGAGCCCCUGUACCCUGCACCGCCUGAGCUCCCGCCCCCCACAAACUGCUGCAUGAGCGGCUGCCCCAACUGCGUGUGGGUUGAGUAUGCAGAGACGCUGCUGCAGCACUACCAGGAUGGCGGGGAGAGGGCGCUGGCAGCCCUCCAGGAACAGGUGGCUGACGAGAACCUCAAAGCCUUCAUCAGGAUGGAGAUCAAGCUACGCCUACUCCAAGAUAACUGAACCUACGGACCCUACCCGGGAGACCUGGGCCUGGCAGUUCUGGGGAAUUAUUUAUUGGGAAUAAACGCAUUUUCUGUGGGGUCCAACAGGCAGCCCCAGGCUGGUUUCUGGUACCCCAGGCCCAGCAGAGGAAUUUCCCAGCGAAGUACCAUCGAGCCAGUUCCCACGGAAAGUGACUCACACAGAACAGGAAAGAGCCCAGCCCUGGGCCCUCCUCAGCCUGUGAGAGCCUACCAUCGUGGCCACUGUCAGCCCUCCGCCGUGAGGACUUUCCCCUUCACUAGCCUCUUUACCAAGCGUGUCCUAUGCGAUUAUAAUCAAGAACUUCCUCAAGGCCAUGCAAAUGUUUUAUGUAGGUGAUUAAAAUUUGUGUCCAGUUUU